UUGACCAGUGUUGUGUCAAAUUUUCCUAAAAGUUUUAAUAACCUAACCUAACUUACUAUUUUUGUUAUUAUUUCCCUAAAGUGAAUGAAAUGUAUUUAUUAAGCCCAUAAUGUUACUACGUUUAAUACAUAAGAAAUUUCGUUUUAUUAACCGACUGGUGAAACGUGACUUUUCACAUUGGUCUUCCUUAGCAAAAAGUUUCAACGCAAGACCAAAUCAAAAGUAUCAUUACCAAACCAAAGAAGUGGGUUUAUUUGGGGUCCCCCAGUUGACGACACAUAAAGGUUUUGAAAUAUUACAAAAUGACUGCAUUCAGGAAUCAGAAAAGCUUAUUCAGGAGGCGCUCAGCAGCGAUCGUAAAAGAAAAAUGGUACAAAUAUUUGACGAUCUCUCCGAUUCGUUAUGCAAAUUGGCCGACAUGGCCGAGUUCAUUAGAAUAGCCCAUCCAAAGCUGGAAUAUUGUAAGGCUGCGGAAUCAGCUUGUUCUGCAGUUAGCAGUGUUGUGGAAGAACUGAACACAAAUGUGGAGUUAUAUAAGGCACUGGAGAAGGCAGUUUAUGUAGGGGAUGUAGAACCUUGUUCAGAAGUGGAUAAAACAGUUGGGGAGCUAUUUCUGUUUGAUUUUCAACAAUGUGGCAUACAUUUGCCGGAAACUGAAAGAAAUAAAAUUGUUAAACUUAAUGACACCAUAUUAAAUUUGGGCCAACAUUUUGUGUCAGGCAGUAAUACAGCCAGAGUUGUAGACAAAAAAGUGCUCCCUAAUGGAUUGAAACAUAUAUUCAACAGUGAUGGAGACCUUGUUUAUGUUUCUGGCUUAUAUACUGACUCAACAAAUCCAGUGGCAAGAGAACUAGCCUAUAAAAUAUUUUUACACCCAGAAGAGAGACAAGAUGCUUUGUUGACAGGUCUGCUGAAGGCUAGGGAUGAAUUGGCAAAGGUGGCAGGUUUCUCCACCUAUGCUGAAAGAGCCCUGAGAGGAGGAACUCUGGAUGAUCCCUCACAAGUUAUGAAAUUUCUUAACACAGUAACAAGAAACAUUUGGGACGAUGCCAAGCGCGACUUCGCCACAAUGAACCGUUUGAAGCAGCAAGAAUUCAAAAAUAAGGGUUUGGCAUGUUGGGAUGUACCUUAUUAUACUCAAACAGCUAAAAGGGAUUGGUUCCGGGUGACAGAAAAGGAAUUCAGCCCAUAUUUUUCAUUAGGAUCAUGCAUGGAAGGGCUCAGUAUGUUGUUCAAGCACAUAUUUGGAAUUGAAUUAGUCAACACGAAAAUAGAACCUGGUGAAUGUUGGUAUACAGACAUCUACAAGUUGUCAGUGAUGCAUGAAACAGAAGGGCUUUUGGGUUAUAUCUACUGCGAUUUUUAUGAGAGACCUGGCAAGCCAAAGCAAGACUGUCAUUUUACAAUAAGAGGAGGACGACGCCUGCCCAAUAACGAUUAUCAGCUACCAAUUGUGGUGCUAAUGUUGAAUUUGCCACCUCCCAGGUGGUCAAGCCCAUCCCUUUUAACUCCAAGCAUGGUUGACAAUUUAUUUCAUGAAAUGGGACAUGCCAUGCACUCAAUGUUAGCUCGAACUGAGUAUCAGCAUGUUACAGGCACACGAUGUAGCACGGACCUGGCCGAGGUCCCAUCAGUUUUGAUGGAGUACUUUGCAUCAGAUAUGCGAGUGCUUAAGAAAUUUGCACGUCAUUUUCAAACUCAGGAACCGAUGCCCGAUGAAAUGCUGCAACGACUUUGCGCUUCGAAACAUCUGUUUACCGCCAGUGAAACUCAGAUGCAGAUAUUCUAUGCGGUGCUAGACCAAAUCUAUCAUGGAGAACACCCCCUUCCUGGUAGCACAACUGAGGUCUUGGCCGCUAUCCAGUCAAAGUAUUAUGGAUUAGACUAUGUACCAAAUACGUCUUGGCAGUUAAGAUUCAGUCAUUUAGUGGGAUAUGGGGCAAAAUAUUAUUCGUACUUGGUGUCGAGAGCGUUGGCUUAUUGGACGUGGCUGACAUACUUCGAACAGGACCCGUUUGAUAGGUCCAAGGGAGAAGUGUAUAGGAGAGAGUGUUUGGCACAUGGGGGAGGCAAGAACCCUAAAUAUUUAAUAGCUGAUUUUCUUAAGUUCAAACCCACACCGGAUAAACUGGCCGAAUUUCUCACGCAAGAGGUAGUAAGGCAUCAAGGUCUGGUUGAUCAAGUCAUCGGCGCUAGGCAACAAUGAUACAUUUUAUUUGUUUAAUUUUUGUGAACAGUAGAUUAAAGUAUACAGGUUUAUAUUUUAUUAUUUACAAAUACAAAUUUCAGACAUUA